AUGACGGUCAAGCCUGGCAUUCUGUUCAUCGCCGAGCCCAAUUGGGAUUCUCCCAUUUACAAUACGAUUGUAAAGGAUAAAUUCCAGGUGGAGCACUAUGACUUGCAUUCGAGCAAUUCUGAAGACUUUUUGGACGCUUUGAAGACAACUUUCAACAGUUCAAGCAAACCUCUUUCUGCCAUAUAUGGUGGGUUCAUGGGAUUCAAUGCAGUUGGAGGAUUGACUCGUGGACUACUCGAGGACGAGAGAUUUCCAAGCGAUACUCUAAAAUGCGUGGUUCUGUGUUCUCGCGGAGUAAAUGGUAUCGAUUUCGAUGCUGUCAAGGAACAUGGCAUCGAAAUUUACAAUUAUAGUGACGAGGACGAGGGGACUACAAUUAAUGGAUUUAAGACAAUUGCACAAGCGGGAUUGGUUAGUGACGACGUGGCCAACUGUGCUUUGUGGCACGUAUUGGAAGGAUACCGGAAAUUCUCGUUCCACCAGAUGCAUCUGCGCAAAACGGGCCAUACAUUUCGCUCCAGAAGCCGUGCCGCAGGCGAAGGACCCGAAAGUAAAGAGUUCAUGUUUGGUCACACCUUAACAUCGCUCGAAAUCAAGUCGCCAAGAGGCCGGAAGGCUCUGAUUCUCGGUUUGGGUGGGAUUGGAAAGCAGAUCGCUAGCAAGCUGCAAAAUGGUCUGGGCAUGGAGGUGCACUACGCCAAACGGUCGUGCGACCCUACCGUUUCGUGGCCUUUCCACAAACUCGAUUCUUUGCUAUACCCGCAUCUAUCUCAGUUUGAUGCCAUUGUUAUCGCAUUGCCGGGCACCCCAGAAACCAGACACUUGGUCAACCACGAGUUCUUGAGCUCUUGCAGCGAAGAAUUGAUUUUGGUAAACAUUGGCAGAGGAACAAUUAUUGAUCCUGAAGCAAUUUCAGAGGCGAAAUCAAACCAUCGCAUAAGACAUUUAGGCCUUGACGUCUACUACCACGAGCCUGAAGUCGAAGAUUGGCUGUUAGAAGACAACGAGACGGCUACAAUUACUCCUCAUAUAGGCAGUGGCACCAAAAACAAUUUUGACCAAAGUUGCGAGUACGCCCUAGGCAAGGCAUUGAGCUGUUGUUUUCCAUAG